AUGUCUAAAGAAUAACUUGCUGUUGUUAUCGAUAAUGGAUCGCAUGAAUGUAAAGUAGGUAUUGCAGGAGAUUGUGAACCAAAAUGCCCUUUUCCUGCAGUUGUAGGAAAACCAAAACAUUAAGGAAUUAUUAUUGGUAUUGAAAACAAGUUAGCCUAUGUUGGUUAUGAUGCUUUAAGAAUGAGAGGUGUUUUAGAACUCAAAUACCCAAUGAGCAAUGGUAUUGUGUAAAAUUGGGAUGGUAUAGAAUAUGUUAAUAUAUUAUAUAGAUAUGGAGAGAAUUUGGCAUUAUGCAUACUUCAAUGAAUUGAGAGUCUUACCAGAAAACCAGCCAGCUCUUUUGACUGAAGUUCCAUUGAGUGCAAAGUAGAAUAGAGAAAAGAUGUCAUAAAUAUUCUUUGAGUCAUUAUAUGUGCCGUCAUUCUAUGUUGCCAGUACUGCUAUGCUCUCACUUUAUGCUUCAGGAAGAACAACUGGUAUUGUUGUAGAUUCUGGAAAUAAUGUUUCAUACGCAGCUCCAUUCUAUGAAGGUUAUGCUCUUCCAUAUAAUGUUCUCAGAAUAAAUAUUGCAGGAAGAGAUUGCACAGAAUAUUUAGUUUUCACCUUAACUGAAUUGGGUUUUUAAUUCACAAAAACAGCUGAAAUGGAAAUAGCAAGGGAUAUGAAAGAGAAAUUAUGUUAUGUUGCUAAUGACUAUGAUGAGGAAAUGAAGAAAGAAAAAGAAAGCACUAUCGAAAAAAGAUCGUAUGAAUUACCAGAUGGACAUGUUGUUGUUUUGUAAAAUCAUAGAUUUAGAUGUCCUGAAUUACUCUUCAAACCAAGCUUGUUUGGUCUUGAAUGUUCAAGUAUCGAUGAAUUAACAUACAAAUCAAUUAUGAAAAGCGAUAUUGACCUUAGAAAAGAGCUGUAAAAACUUUAAAUUUAUAUUUUAGUUAUAAAAAUAUUAUAUUAUCAGGAGGCAAUACAAUGUUUUCAGGAUUCGCAGAAAGAAUGAGCAAAGAAUUAAAGUCACUUUCACCAUAAUCAAAGAACAUACAAGUUGUUGCCUCAGCUGAUAGAAAACUCUCAACUUGGAUUGGUGGAUCAAUCUUAUCAUCAUUAUCAGCAUUCUAAACCAUGUGGAUCAAAAGAGAGGAAUAUAAUGAAAACGGUCCAACCAUCGUGCACAGAAAAUGUUUUUGA